UGCAGAGAAAGAGGAACACGCCGCCUUUUUUUUCCCGCCCGCCCCCCUCCUUCUCUCAAGACGUCGCGCGGCUUCGCCAACUUCAUUCGCGGCAGCGGCACGAGGAGAGCCGGAGCAGCGCGCGCGGGAGCGACAUGCCCAGUUACACGGUUACCGUGGCCACCGGCAGCCAGUGGUUCGCGGGGACGGACGACUACGUGUACGUGACUCUGGUGGGCACGGAGAAGUGCAGCGAGAAGACCCUGCUGGACAAACCGCUGUACAACGACUUCGAGAGGGGGGCGGUGGACUCGUAUGAUAUCAAUGUUACAGAAGAUCUUGGCGAUAUCGAGCUGGUAAAGAUUGAGAAGCGAAAGUAUUGGAUGCAAGAUGACUGGUACUGCAAGUACAUCACCGUGAAGACGCCAGCGGGAGACUACAUAGAGUUCCCCUGUUUCCGAUGGGUGACCGAUGACAAAGAGAUUAUCCUCCGAGAUGGACGUGCACGACUACCACAGAAUGACAAGACCAGAGUGGCAAAGCAGCACAGACGCAAAGAGCUGGAGUUACGCCAGAAGGUGUACAGGUGGAGGGAAUGGCACCCCGGCUUCCCAAUGAGCAUCGAUGCCAACACCCACAAGGAGCUCCCCCGGGACAUCCAGUUUGACAGCGAGAAAGGAAUCGACUUUGUGCUCAACUAUAGCAAGGCGAUCGAGAACCUCUACGUGAACCGGUUCAUGCACAUGUUCCAGUCCUCGUGGAAUGACUUUGCUGAUUUUGAGCGCAUCUUUGUGAGAAUCAGCAACACCAUCUCAGAGUACGUGAUGCAGCACUGGCAGGAGGACUUCAUGUUUGGGUACCAGUUUUUAAAUGGCUGCAACCCGGUCAUGAUGCAGAAGAGCACAAAGAUUCCGGACAAUUUCCCCGUCACCAGUGCCAUGGUGGAGUCCUGCCUGGAGAGGGAUCUCACCCUGGAAGAGGAGGUGAAGGCAGGAAACAUCUAUAUUGCAGAUUACGCCAUUAUGGAAGGCAUCAGCCCCAAUUCCACGGACCCCUGCACUCUGCAGUAUCUGGCGGCACCCAUCUGUAUGCUGUACAAGAACGUCCAGAACAAAAUCCUCCCAAUUGCUAUCCAGCUGGGACAAACUCCAGGGGAGGACAACCCCAUUUUCCUUCCCACCGAUGACAAAUACGACUGGUUGCUGGCCAAGAUCUGGGUGCGGUCAUCUGACUUCCACGUGCAUCAAACCGUAACACACCUCCUGCGUACUCACCUGAUCUCCGAGGUGUUUGGGAUCGCCAUGUUCCGGCAGCUCCCGGCCGUCCAUCCAGCGUUUAAGUUGCUUCUUCCUCAUAUUCGUUUCACCAUCGCCAUCAACACCAAAGCCAGAGAGCAGCUUAUCUGUGAAUGUGGACUCUUUGAUAAGGCUAAUGGCACUGGAGGGGGAGGCCAUGUGGAGCUGGUGCAGAAGUCCAUGAAGACCUUCACAUACAAAUCCCUUUGCUUCCCUGAGGCCAUCAAGGCCCGUGGCCUGGAAAGCGAGGAAGAAUUGCCCUAUUACUACUACCGAGAUGAUGGACUGAGGGUCUGGAAAGCAGUCCAAAGCUUUGUCACAGAUAUAGUGAGCAUCUACUACAGCAGCGAUGAGACUGUGCAGGACGACGAGGAGAUCCAGGCCUUUGUCAAGGACGUGUGUAGCUUUGGAAUGCAGGACCAAGACGAAUGCGAGUUCCCCAAGUCCCUGAAGACGCGGGAGCAGCUCAUCGAGUACCUGACAACAGUGAUCUUCACCGCUUCAGCACAGCACGCCAGCAUCAACUUUGGACAGUAUGACUGGUGCUCCUGGAUCCCCAAUUCUCCCCCCACGAUGCGCAAGGCACCACCCACCAAGAAGGGCACAGUGACGGUGCAGCACAUCAUCGAGAGCCUUCCCGACCGCGGUCGCUCCUGCUGGCACCUUGGCGCCGUGUGGGCCCUCAGCCAGUUCCAGGAGAACGAGCUGUUUUUAGGCAUGUACCCCGAUGAACAUUUCACGGAGAAGCCAGCGAAAGCAGCCAUGGAGAAAUUCCGCAAAAAGCUCACGGAGAUCACCAGUUUCAUCAAGAGCAGGAACGAGGGCAAGAAGCUGCCCUAUUAUUACCUGUCGCCGGACCGCAUCCCCAACAGCGUUGCCGUGUAGCAGCCCUUCACCGCAGCUUUUCCUGAAACAGUGUCUCCAAGCUGAGAGGAAAUGAGUCGCCAGACGUUGAGACAGACAGACAGACAGACGCGCACGCACACACACACACACACACACACACACACACACCUGUGAACAUGGGAUGCAGCUCAGGAAACAUAAGACGACUCCACAUGCCCUUUCACAGGAUACUUCAGUUGUCUAAUACUGCUGUUGUCAUUGAGUUUGAUAAAUGUUUUAAAAUAGUCAAGAGCACUGAAAACUGCCAUAUUCAUAAAGACGUGAGCAAAACUAAAAUAUACUGGUCUUUGGACAGAUAUGUACGCUUUUGUUUAUUGCUCUGGUCAGUCACCUGUUUAAAACAUGUCAUGUCAGCCAAAAAAAAAAAAAUUUUAAAAAUCUAGUUACCUUCUGAGCCAUUAUAAUUGGGAAAGGUAUAGCGCACCUACAAAACACACACGCGCUGCUGCUCAGGGGUCUUACAGUAGCGCUUUUCGUCUAGUUGGGGAGUCAGAAGACUAAUGGCCUGGAUGGACAUUACAACAUUUAUAACUUUAUGGAGAAACAUGGGCAGACAGCUGCAGAAAUAAAAAGGUUCAUAUCAAUUUUUAUUACUUUUUUAAACAAUUGUUUAAAGGGAAAAAAAAAAACUCAAAAAUCAAUAAAUUUAUAACAGUACUUGCAACCAAAUUCCACACAAAUGCAUCAAAUAAAUUCAAAGUCAGAAUACGAAAUACAGUUGGGAAAUAUCAAAUAUCACCACAGAAAGGCGAGUC